AUUUGUUUUGUAAGGAUACUCUCCAUGGAGGUUUAUGUCCCGAGGGUUUUAACUAGACUGGCCCAAGACAGCACUUUGUUCCGUGAAUCCGCAGUCUCUCUCUAUCACACAGGGUGUGUCUAGUGUGUUGCAUGGACGAUGGAAUCGGAAGGUGUUAGGGUUCGAUUGGUAUUCGAAGAUCGGCACGUUCUGAGCAAGGCUCACAGAUUGGAGGGACUGAAGCGAAGCUGGCUUCUUCUCAAACCCCAACAUCAGGCCAUAGCUGACGUUUCCACUUAUCUCAUCCACAUCUUCGACCUCUACCACUCUUGCCCUAAUGGCAUCCUCCUCUCUAUGGAUGGCUUUGUCUUGCCUCCUUUUGAGUCAACUAGCAUUUUAAAAAAUGAAGAUGUCAUCAGUGUGAAGAAGAAAGGAAUCCCAUUGUUGGAUAUUGUCAAGGUAGGUGGUGCAGAUAACGCAGUUGAGGCAGUAGAAAUUGUGGAGAAGCAACCUGUACAUACCGGAGUUCCGCUUUUAGCAAAUGAAAAGUUUGAGAAGGAAACCAGAGGCUAUCCAAGUGAAACCGAAGAGAAUGAAGACGACCAGUUGGAGGAUGCAUUGAAUGUGGGAACUUCCUCUGGUGGAAAUGCAGCUUCCAAGAAAAGAAAAGCAUCUGAAAAACUCAAAAGCCCAAAGAGGAAGAAACAAUGCACAGUUGUCCCUGAAGAUGUUGAUACUAAUGGUCACACAGAGCAGAUCGAGAAAGAUGGAGAUCUCAGUAGGAAGAAUCUUCGCAAGAAGGAGAAAGUAUCUAAUAAUAAGAGUACACAAAAGAUAUCAGGUCCUUCAGAAUGUUCUGAACGGAGUAAUGACAAUGUUGAGGCUACACCCAGCGUGAAGAGGUAG